AUGGCAUCCCUAUGCUUGAGGUUCUCCGCGACCUCCGCAUACUGCGCUUCCGCAUCUCGAGCCCUCCGUAAUGCCUCCACUCGCCUCCCGUCUUCUCUUCGACAGACUCCUCUCCAAUACCGAGCGCCCGUAUCCUUGCGAUGGUCAUCCAAUUCUCCAACGCAAGGCAGGUGUACCUCUACCGAAAGCGACAGAUCCGGCAUCUCGGCGACCAGCACAACUCCAAGCAGCGCACCCUCACACGGCGACAGCAACUCCGACAGCAAGCUCAACCCUUUCAGCGAUGACUGGGAAAACACCACCGACAACUCAAUACACUCGUUUGACGACCUGCCCCAUCGACUCUUUGGCGCAAACCAACACAUGAUCAUCAACAACGAGCUGAAGGAAGUCCUACGUCUUAUGCUGCGCCAGUUCAACGCCCCAAUCGUCUACUGCUUUGCAUAUGGAUCCGGCGUCUUCCCUCAAGAGUCUUCUGGUCGCCACGCCACCGAGGCCGAGUUCCGCGCCCUACACCCCCACCCGCCCGAGGCCUUGAUAAAGGCGCAAAGGGGAGCUCCCAAGAUGCUCGACUUUAUCUUUGGUGUCACCCAUACCCAGCACUGGCACUCCAUCAACAUGAAGCAGCACCGCGACCAUUACUCCAGCGUUGCCUCUUUGGGAUCCGGAUUUGUCUCGCGCGUUCAGGACUGGGGCGCUGGUGUAUACUUUAAUCCGUUUAUCGAGAUGAACGGCAUGCUGAUUAAAUACGGCGUUACCAGUAUCGAUAACCUUGUCAACGAUCUUUCUUCGUGGGACAGCCUUUACCUCGCCGGCCGCCUUCAAAAACCUGUCAAGAUUCUUCGAGACCACCCCAGGGUGCGAUUGGCGAACCAGCACAAUCUCAUUGCCGCCAUCCGAACUGCCCUUCUCCUCCUCCCACCCGACUUUACCGAGGCGCAACUAUACAGCACGAUUGCAGGCCUCAGUUAUCUAGGCGACCCUCGAAUGUCCCUGCCCACGGAGAAUAAAAGCAAGGUCAACAAUAUUGUCGACAACAACAUUGUCCACUUCCGUCGCCUCUAUGCCCCCCUCAUCAAGACGCUACCCAACGUCGACUUUGCUGGAGCAUUUCGACUUGACGACCAAGAUUGGGUUCUGAACCCUGAAGCAAAUAACACUCUGCAUCAGGAUAUGGACCCCGUCAGACGUGGAAACAUGGUGCGACGCCUACCUAAGACGUUCCGCUCCCGGCUAUACUUUCAGUACCAGAAGAAAUUCUCCAUGCCAAAAGAGGAGUUUAACCAACUCAUGAAGGCUUCGGCCGAUGACGAGACUACCUCGAUUUCACGACGACAGGGUGGUGACUUUGAGAAGCGGGUCGCAACAGACGACCCUGCCAAGCUCCAGGAGAUUGUGCGCAAAGUCAUCAAGCAGACGGUCAACUGGCCCAGCACCACCCAGAGCAUCAAGGGCGUCAUGAUGGGUGGCUGGAGUCGCACAGUCCGGUACCUUGGGGAAAAGAUUUCCAAGUGGAAGAAGGGCCAAGACAGGGCGAAGCAGGACAAGAGUUCCAAUGAGAAGUCGGAAUAA